AUGGUGACGCCUCCUCCCAAGUUUGGCAUGAUCUACAAUCUCAGCGAUGGAUCUUUCUAUUGGCUGCCAAUUUUCAUUCAUCCGGACGAGCCGCUCGUGAAAACGCCAUUUUUCUCCAUUUUAUAUGUUUUCGAGGUGAUGAGCAAUGGAAAAAGCUCUCUACGUGGUUUUUCAGGUGAUGAGCAUCCUGCUGACGUUGAUGUACAUGUGGUCAGUUAUUAAAGUUCAGCAUCAGAUGAAAGUUUUCCACGCAAACCUGACCAAUUCAUUGUCGAUUUUGGCUCUCUAUUAUUAUAUUCCGGCUGUUUCGAGAUUCUUCUUGCUUAGUUAUCAGCUUGGAGUAAUCAGUAUUCAAGGUGAGUCUAUUAAGGCGCGUGAAAAAUGAUCUAAAAAAUUAACUCUUUGAAGAAACGUAAUAAACAUAGUUUUCAGGCACCCCGGAACGCGAUCCGAUCCUCCUUACCGCCUCUUUCGGACGACUAUUCUACUUUGGCCUAGGUAUCGGAUUCUUACCGGCUGUUUUCAUUGAAAGAUGUUGCUCAACAAUAUUCGUGGAAGAUUACGAGAAAAAAGAGAGAGCUUGGAUUACCGUAGUUUUGAUGAUAUUUCUUCACACGGUUGCCAUUGCCUUCGCUUUUUCCACAAUGCGGCGUGAGAAUUUUUCUGUUUUUCUUUUUUCCAUUUUAUUUUUUUAUCAAUUAUAUUUUAUUUAUCAAAUUGCUCAUUCAGGUUUCUAUGCUUUGCAUUUUUUCUUAAUUUUCGUCUUAUUUAUAUGCUUGGCCUCUUGUGGAGGCUUCAUUUGGCUGUGUCGAACCAACAAAAGACGUCUUGAGCGGAUUUCUAAUUCUCUGCAUAUGAUCAACACCUAUACAUUGUCUAUUAGGUUUCAAACUUCGGAGAAUAUUCGCUCCAUGAAGGUUUGCUAUUUUUCCAGUUUUCCCAGUAAAUGGUAAUUAGUAUGAUAAAGACUGCGUUGUUGCAUUAUUUUAGUGCGCCUGACCAAAACCGACUUGCUCGGGGUGUUAUUUAAAAGCAAUACAACAGAUUUAGAGGCAUUCCAAUUGCGACCAUGGUGUAUCUAUUAAAACUAAAUUUUAUUCAUUUUUUUCUUUUCGUAUCCAAAUUUCGUGCAGAACUUCAUUACCACUAUUUGAAGUUCAGGAUUUUUUGAAGAAAAAAGCAAUUAGAAAUAAUGAAUUCAUUUCUCUCAUCAUGAAGAAUUAUUUUACUGAAAAAGGUCUUUUUCAUUUUUUAUCUGAUUGAGACGCCCAAAUAGUUGAUUAAUUAAAACCUACCAUUUCGCUCAUUUUUGAUAAUUCUUUUUAAAUUAAUUUUUUUCCGUAAAGCUUGCUUCAUGAUGUCGCUAUUUCAACUUGAGACUUCUAUAGUUACAAUUACUUCAGAUGAUGGGCCGUUUAAUCUUCGUAGCUGCAAAUAUGCUUUUAAUUGCACUUGCUUUGAUCGGAAUCGGUGGGUAUACCAUUGAAGUAAAUCAUACCAUAUCUCUAAUUUGCUACGCUUUUUUUGACCUGCUCUUCUCAAUGUGAGUUUCAAUUUCAAGGAUUUUUCCAUUGAUGAUGAAGGAAAAGGUUGGCAAAAAUUAGGACCACGUUCUGUGCUUUUUUUCAACUUUUUUUUUUACUUUUAUUAGGUUGGCCUAGGUUCAUUUUGAUUUUUUUUUUGUCAAAAUAGGCAAAAACUCUUGUAAAGCCCAAAGUUGGGAGAAAUCAAAACUUUUCUUUUAAUGACUUCGUGAUUUUUUAAUUUCUUCCAUUUGAAAAAUUGUUUCGGAUGUUUUUGUUUAUUUUGAAACUAGCCCAAAAAAAUUAGAUGAGUAAUCUGCCAUGUGGCGCUCAUAAAUUACCCUUACUUUUUUGGCAUUUUUUUUAAUCAUGGCUCGGACCCCGGUAACAAAAACCGGACAUUUCUGAGAAGCUCUAGGAACUUAAGAGUGCUGACACAGUGGUCAUUAGAAAUACCCCGAAACGUCCGAUUCGCGUUGGACCGAGGUCCGAGUAAGUGCGAUUUUGCUAUUUUCCCUCUUUCAGUUUCCCACAUAUCGCUGUUGGAGUCGCUAUUCACCAUAUAAGGCGGUGGCGAGAAAUCUUCCGUUCCUCAGUACAUCAACAUCUUGGGAUUUGCCAAAUGAACGAAGUCAGCUGCAACGACGUUGCUCAAUACAAAAACAACGACGCCAAAGUUUAUUUUGACCAGCUCAAACAGUCGUGGGCUUGA